CGAUUGGAUUUGGACUCAUUUGAGUCAAUGGAGCUGAGGAUAAUGGGAGAAGAAAUUUCAUUAACAGCCUCAAAUCUAUCCACCAAACUGACCAGUGUCAUGUAUCUAUACCAGAAGAAUAGAAUCCUGUGUGACUGUUGUAUACAGUGCAGCGAUGGAGAAGUUUACGCCCAUAAAAUCAUCCUAGCCAUGUGGGGAAUGUAUGGAUUCUACAUUGACACCAUCAACACAAUUAAGGCUUUAAAAUUCUCAACUGCAGAUGUUAAUAACUUUAUAAAGUUAAUUUAUUCAGGGAAAAGUUCAUUGAAUUUAGUUGCAGCAAUUAGAGUUGCUCAGAUUGGAAAACUCAUGGGUAUUAAUUUACUACGUAUGUCAGACUCCCUGACUCAACAAAAAUCUUUAGAAUCAGCUUUAUCGGCCCUUAAAUCUUCCUCUGAAUCAGAUGUGAAACUAGAUGACAAAUACACCUUCUGCAUUAAAUCAAUGCCUGAUUAUCAAAGGAAUUUUUCUACCACAACAAAUGUUAGAUGUAGAGAGCCAAGUACAUCCAAACAUUCAAUGCCUGGUAACAGUUUUAACAGUAUUACAGACAAAUGGGAUAAAAAUUUAGAGGAGUGUUUGCUUAGUCAGUCAUCAGAUGUCGGCUCUGACACACUGAUUAAUAAUAACAAGUCAGCUGAAUCUCCUACCACUGACAACAAAGUUGAUGAUACAUCUGAAUAUGAAAAAACAACAGGCUACAGGACUUAUUCUGACAAACCACCAGAGAUAAUACCAGUAAAACAAGUAAACACAGAAAACCUAGUUUGCCCAGAGUCAGAAAACACAGAGGUAUUAACAGAACAGGAAGAUUGUGUCAUGGAGUCGGGGUCUGAGAGUGUAGAAACAUCAAAAAUGGCCGAAAAUAAUUCAGUCAGAGUGUGGAGUGUAGAAACAUCGGAAACUGCUGACAUAUCCGACAAUAAUUCAGUGGGAGAGUGGAGUGUAGAAACAUCGAAAACUGCUGAAAAUAAUUCAGUCAGAGAGUGGAGUGUAGAAACAUCGAAAACUGCUGACAUUUCCGACAAUAAUUCAGUGAGAGAGUGGAGUGUAGAACCGAUGCAGGAAUUUCAUACAGAGGGCCAGAAUAACAUAUCUAAAAGAAAAAAGAGUCCUUUAGACUUAAAGGAUACUGGACAGAAGAAAGCCAAAGCACAGGAGGGAGGGUGUAAAUUAAAGAAAUGUAAGCAUUGUCUCAAACAGAAUCAGGAUCCUUUUAUGUAUGCCAAAACAGCAGAGGGGCGAGAAAAGUAUAACAAGCAUGCUAUACAGUCCCAUCCUUCAGCUUAUGUUCAGAAUGUUAAAUGUGAAAUCUGUGGGUUUUCUUAUAAAUGCUGCCAGGCAGACGUGUAUAUGGAACAUAUAGUGAAGACACAUGGUGUAGAAUAUGACUCGACAGUCUACCAAAAGAAAACAUGUGAUUUCGAUGAUUGUGAAUACUGGACUGUGUGUCAAGCUAAAUUCUCAACACAUCAAAAAGAAGUGCAUUGUGAGAAACGCAGCAUCUGUGAUGUGUGUGGAGAAGCAGUCAAAAGCAUCAAAAACCACAGAAAGACUCAUAAAGACAGGCCCAGAAUACCGUGUGAAAUCUGCGGGAAUACCUUUAUCAGCGAGGCUUCUGUCAAGAAUCAUAUUGAAAGAGUGCAUGAAAAGAAAUACAGGUCAGCAGGAUUCUGCAUGUAUUGUAAUGAGAACUUCAUAGAGCGGUACAGAUAUUUCAAUCAUAUGUUCAGAGAGCACAAUGAGAUUCCAAAAGGAAUGAAGAAGUAUCAAUGUUCCCAGUGUGACUUUGUGACUUACCAGAUUGGUCUGUUGAAAACUCAUGAGUUGAGACACAAAGAGCUGAAAGGAUUGGAAAUAGAACGACCCUACAAAUGUAACGUGUGCGGAAAAGCAUUUCUUACCAAAUCUAAUUGCAAUAUCCACAGAAAGCGGCAUGUCAAACAAACCUAUCUACAAUGUCACUAUGAUGGCUGUGCUAAAGUGUAUCGGAGAAAACGAAGUUUAGAAAUCCAUAUCAGAAAUAUCCAUGAGGUUGGAAAGAUAUAUCAGUGUCAUGCCUGUCCGUACAAGUGUAAUCGUCAAGGAAAUCUUGUGAAACACAUUCGCAGCAUUCACAAAGAAGAGGUAUCUACUCGUGAUUCUCGACGAAAAGAGGCCAUGUUGUCAGGAAAAGGGUACCAUGAGGCAGUUGGUCAAACUCUGAGACAGGUUCAGGGCCCAGGAAAGAGCACCGAGGGGGAAAGUUCUCUCUCCGAACAAAGACAUUGGACUCUGAGUAAUGAGGGAGCUAACUCUGAUCAGGACAGUAGGGGAACAGUCCAGUCUGAUGAGGAGGACAGUAGGGGAACAAUUCGCUCUGAGGAAGAGGACAGUAGGGGGUCAGUUCACUCUGAUGAGGACAGUAGGGGGUCAGAUCACAUUGAAGAGGAGAAUAGUAGGGGGUCAGUUUACACAGACCAGGACAGUUGAUGCAAAUGGGGAGAGGGGGCAGUUAAUUCUUAGCAGAAGGACAGUUUGUACUAAAUCUAAAUUAGGGGGAAAGGGGAGGGGGAAGUGUACUCUGAUUAAAGAGACAGUCUACUCUUAUCAGAAGGACAGUUCAUACUGAAUGGAGGGUGGGGGCAGUUCACUCUGAGUAGGGGGACAAAUCAUACUGAAAAGGGGGAUUAAUUCUUUGGCAGAAAAGUUCACACUUAAGUGGGGGGAAGGGGGGCAGUUCACUCUAAUCAGGAGGACAUAUUACACUGAUUGGGGUUGAGGGUAGUUAACUCUGAGCAGGGGGGCAGUUCAAUCUAAGCAAGGGGACAGUUUAACCCGAACAGGAAGACAGUUCAUUGCUCUGAGCAGGGUAUAGCUCGCUGUGAGCAUUCACAUUGAGCAGGGGACAGUUCACUAAGAGCAGAGGACAUCUUACUGUAAGCAGUGAGAUAAUUCACAUUGAGCAGGGACAGAUCACUCUGAGCAGUAAGACAAUAGGAGAACAGUUUACUCAAAUAUUUGAAUGUUUUCAUAGUCAAUAGUGUAUAGACCUUAAAAGGUGCAUCUAAGAGAUGAGUGCAUGAAGUUUCUGUAUUUUCUAUUCAGUAGCCAGGUGAAAUAUUUUUCAGAGGCAAGCUCCUGAUAGCUCUGUUUUAUAUUAUGCUACACCUCAUAGGAAAUCAAAAGUAUUCUUUGAGAAUAUGCACUGAAAAGCCAGGUAUGUUUCAGAGCAUGUAACUGUGUUUUAAAAUUUGGGGGGGGGGCUCUGUGUUAUUGGUGAAAUCUAUACAGUAUAACAAGAGAUAGAGUGACAUUAAGGUGUAUCAUCUCUGAGAGAAUGUUUGUUUGAAUAAAAGUAUGUUCUGUA